UCUCUCUACACCAGGUUGCUCAAAGCCCCAUUCAGCCUGGUCUUUAAUGCUUCCAGGGAGGGGGCAUUCACAACCUUCCCCACUGAGAAGGGGCCAUACUUCAGCAAAUUACAAUAAGCCAGAUUUCAGUAACUGUAGCACAUUUGAAUCCACGUUCAAGAAGAAAAUAGAAAAUAUUCUAUUUCUCUUUUCUAUAGUAUUUGGCAGUGCUGGUGCAUACAGUUAAAGAUUGCCAACAGAGAUAGCCAUAAUAUUUUGUAUCAUGCAGUUCAUUAAAGGUUGUUAACUUCUACACGUGAGACUGCUCAAUCCUUCCUCCCUCCUCCAUCUCCUUGUUUUAGAACAGCCCAUAAGAAUGAAAAAUGAAGAGAAAUCCCUCUUUAUCACAGGUAGCUGCAAUGCUGAAAGAGCAGGCAGCAAAACUCAGGGGCUUAAAAGAACCAUUUGGUAACACGGCCCUCACAACAACCUCAGUGCCCUGGAGUGCCAGUGAAGGCCGCCUGUCCCUAAUCAUCUAUUAACAGACACGCUAUCUUGGUUGAUAUUUCAUUUGGUUUUGUGCAUUGUUAGAGACAGAAAGAGUGCUAUUUCACAGACUGCCUCUUAACUCACUCAGAUCCCGGGAAGUUAAGUUUUUAUUAUGUUUAACGUCUGUCCCCCUAAUGCCAGAGAAGCCGACCCCUGACACACCCUUAGGCUGCUCGCUUCUGAGGUGACGGUGCCAUCUCGUGGCCAAACGGUAACGCUUCCAGCUGCCAUCCUACGACUCGCUAGCAACACUUCUUGUUGCCGUCCUUACAAAAUGACCACUUCCAGUACAGGCAGUAUCGGAAGCAACAGCAAGCCUUACGAAAUAUUAAUGGCAACUAAAGAGAGGAGGCCGAUUAAGAUUCACGAAAGGAGAGGAGAAGGAGUGUGAGGAGCCAUGCGAGGCGGCAGCCGCCAGCCGGCUUCAACCAUUACUCCCCACACAGCUGCACGCGCCCCCUCCCGCCCUCCGACAGCGCCUCCAACGGCCGCCCGGUAGCAGCGCGGACGAGGUGCGAGUCGCCGUAACUACCCGGCUCAGGCCCCUCCCCUCGACUCGACCACGCCCCCCCUGUCCUCCCCGCGCAUGCGCAGUGCGAGUCGCCGUUUUCCCGCCCGCCGCGGUACUGCAGGGUUCUGUAUGAGGGGUGGGCUUGCUGUCAGGGAGCGCCGUGGGGUCAGCGCCCACCGGCAGCGCCGAGCACACGGCGGUGCUGGGGCUGGGGAGGGAGCGGGAGCUCUGGGUUGGGCGGGUAGGGCGCUGGCUGAGCCUCAAUGUGAGGAGGGGCCCCGUGGGUAAGGGUGGGCUCCCGGUGGGAUCGGCGCGGGAAUCUCACCGGGGUUUGCUUCUCAGUUAAAGGAUGAAAGGCAGCAAGGAGCUGUUCUUGGUGAAAUUCGUCAAAUCUUCUGGGAGCUCGGAGUAUUUCUUGAAAGCUUUGGAGUCUAUAAAAGAAUUUCAGUCAGAAGAACAUCUCCAGAUUCUUGAAGAAGAAGCAGCACUCAAUAUAAAAGAAAAUGAUAAAUCCCUUUACAUUUGUGAUCCUUUCACGGGUGUUGUUUUUAAUCAUCUCAAAAAGCUUGGUUGUAGAAUUGUUGGACCACAGGUAGUCCUGUACUGCAUGCAAUCCCAGAGAUGCGUCCCAAGAGCUGAAUAUCCCGUGUAUAACAUGACCAUGGCUGACGUAACAAUAUCCUGUACCACCUUAGACAAAGAUGUUCGGGAAGAAGUUCAUAAAUAUGUACAAAUGAUGGGUGGACGUGUGUACAGAGACCUCAAUAUGUCAGUAACUCAUCUUAUAGCAGGAGAAGUUGGCAGCAAGAAAUAUUUAGUAGCUGCUUCUCUGAAAAAACCUAUUUUGCUUCCUUCUUGGGUUAAGACACUGUGGGAUAAAUCUCAGCAAAGCAUGAUGAGAUACACUGAGGUUAACAUGGAAGACUACACUUGUCCUGUGUUUCUUGGCUGUACAAUUUGUGUGACUGGCUUAAGUAGUUCAGACAGGAAAGAAGUCCAGCGCCUCACGACUGAACAUGGUGGGCAGUAUUCAGGGCAACUCAAGAUGAAUGAAUGUACUCACCUCAUAGUUCAGGAGCCAAAAGGUCAGAAGUACGAAUGUGCCAAAAAAUGGAAUGUCCACUGUGUGCCUUUGCAGUGGUUUUCUGACAGCAUUGAGAAGGGCUUCUGUCAAGAUGAGACAAUGUAUAAAAUAGAGACUGGAUCAAAAUUAAGCAGUACACCCAGUACCUCGACACCCACCAGUCACGCCAGCAAGCUUGACACUCAUUCCCUUUCGGACGUCAGCUGCAUUUCCAGUGUAAAUUUGAGUAGAGUUAAUGAAACUGCUUGUAGUUCUGCAAUGAGCAGCAGACUGGAUCCUCCUCCUGAUGAGUUGGAGAACUUGGACAUAAGCUCUUUUCAAGCUCCUGAAGAUUUAUUAGAUGGCUGUCGAGUCUAUCUAUGUGGCUUCAGUGGUAGGAAGCUGGACAAGAUGAGAAGGCUUAUUAACUGUGGUGGUGGUGUUCGAUUUAAUCAGCUUAAUGAAGAUGUUACCCACAUCAUUCUGGGGGAAAACAGUGACGAGCUGAAGCACUUUUUGGACAAGAUGCUUCACAGGCCUCAUAUAGUGACAGCAAAAUGGCUACUGGAGUCAUUUAAUAAAGGCUAUCUCUGUCCAGUGGAGCAGUACAUCCCUCAAAACUACCAGCUAUUUAUGAAUACAGUUUUGGAACAACCUGAUGCAAAGUUAGUUCUUCCCAAAAACAACAGCAUCUUGAAGAAAAAAGCUGUGAAUGUUGUAAAGCUCCAGAAAGCUGCAGAAGAUGACUUCCUCUCUCAGUAUGUCAGUAAUGAUUCUACAUUAGUUGAAGCUGAGAAAUUAGCAUCUGGUAGCUUCAAUGAUGUUACUCAUGUGACUGUUCAGGAAGAGAAUCAGUCUUCUGUCUGUAAUGGUUCUUUGGGAGAGCCUUCUGCACUGGAUGAAGGAGGUUUAUUUGCCAGGAAGAGAUUUCUUCUUUUGGGUUUUGGAGAAGAAGAUGAGUCCUGCAUUGCAGAUCUGAUUAAGGAGCAUGCUGGGAAAACUGUGCCACUGCAAAGCAGAAUCAUUGCAGACUAUGCUGUGGUACCUUUAUUGGGGUGCUCUGUGGAGCCAACUGUUGGUGAUGUUGUCACGAAUAUAUGGCUGGUAACGUGUGUGGAACAGCAGCUCCUCUUAGAUCCCCAGUCCAAUCCACUUUUCACACCAGUCCCAGUAAUGGAAGGAGUUACUCCUUUGGUGGACUGUGUUCUUUCUUUUAGCCAAUUUACUGGUGCAGAGAGAGACUCCCUGGUUUAUCUGGCAGGACUUCUAGGAGCAAGAGUCCAAGAAUUCUUCGUGAGAAAAGCCAAUGCAAAAAAGGGAAUGUUUGCAAGUACCCAUCUUGUGGUGAAAGAGCCGGAUGGUUCCAAGUAUGAGGCUGCAAAGAAGUGGAAUUUGCCUGCAGUCACUGUAGCUUGGCUUUUGCAGUCUGCAAGGACAGGAAAGAGAGCAGAUGAAAGCAAGUUUUUGGUUGAACAUGCAGAUGCUGAAGAUGAGAGUUCCAUUACUAAACUUAGCAAGACACCACCAACUACUAAAUUUCCCGAUUCUCCAGAACGACCUGCUUAUCUCCACAAAGCUGGAAAAAAACCAGCCGUCACCCCUCUUGAUAUCAACAGGUUUCAGAGUAAAGCUUUCCAAGCUGUAAUCUCUCAUCGUAUUGGGAAAGCAACAACUCCUCCUGCACCAGGAGGACUGCUACAAAAAGAACCAUCUUUACACCUUGAUACACCAUCAAAAUUUCUUUCCAAAGACAAGUUAUUCAAGCCUUCUUUUGAUGUAAAGGAUGCUCUGGCAGCUUUGGAAACUCCAGGAGGCCUUGGUCAAAAGAACAGGAAGCUGAGCACACCUCUUUCUGAAGUCAUUGGCAGAAACCUGAAAUUGGCACUGGCAAACAGCUCUCGGAAUACAGAAGCUCUUACUGCCAGCCCUCAGCUGAAGGCUGCACAGCCAGAAGUGGAGGAAGAACCCAAGCCUCUAGCUGGUGUUGUUAUAUGUGUUAGUAAAAAACUUAGUAAGAGGCAAAGUGAACUGAAUGCUAUAGCAGCUUCUCUUGGUGCAGAUUACAGAUGGUGUUUUGAUGAAACAGUAACGCACUUCAUCUACAAGGGAGGACAAAACGACAACAACAAGGAAUAUAGAUCAGUUAAAGAACGAGGAAUACAUAUUGUUUCAGAACACUGGCUUUUAGAGUGUGCCCAAGAAUAUAAACGGCUUCCUGAAUCUCUCUUUCCUCACACUUACAAUCCCAAAAUGAGCUUGGACAUCAGUGCAGUGCAAGAUUUCAGGCCCUCCUCUUCCAGUAAGCUUCCACCCACUGGAAAACCAGCAGAAGAAAAUGAGAUUAUUCCAGUGGAUGAAGAUGAUGCUGAAGAUGAUUUAACUACUGACCAAAUAAAGGAAACAGUUGGCACAGGAGAAGAGCACAUUGGAAUAAGUGAAUCCAAGGGAGUUUUAACCCAGGCGCUGGAAAUGAGGGAGAGCUUCCAGAGGCAGCUGCAGGAGAUCAUGUCUGCCACAUCAAUAGUGAAACCACAAGGACAAAGAGGAUCCCUUUCAAGGAACAGUUUUGAUAGUUCUCCAGCCACUCCUGAUAGCGCACGGUCUGUGCGAAAUGGCCGCAGCAGGGCCUUGGAAGCUCUAAGGCAAUCUCGUCAGGCUCUCACAGAUAUCAACACAGAGCCAUCCCAGAGUGAGCAGAUCAUCUGGGAUGAUCCUACAGCAAGGGAGGAGAGAGCGAGACUCGUCAGUAACUUUCAGUGGCCUAACAGUCCUUCCCAGUACACAGAGCAAGCUCAGAGUAACGUUAAUAGGAACAUGGAUGAGUCUACCUUCAAAGGGUCCAUAGCUGAUGCAGAGAUUGCUGGUAUAGUUGUUCCUGAGGCCGGAGAUGGAGAUACGAUUGAAGAUCUGAAGAAUCUUGUAUGUAGAGAUCCUGAAACGCCCAUUAAAGAUCACUUGAUCCCAACUCCGCAGGCUCCCAGCAUUGCAUUCCCACUGGCUAACCCUCCUGUGGCACCACAGCCCAAAGAAAAGGCUGUUAAAGAAGAUGAGAAGGUAGAUGAAGAACCAGAAAAAUGCCAUAAAUUUCAGCUAUCUUCUCUUAAUCCUCAAGAAAGAUUUGACUACUGCCAUCUGAUUGAGGAAUUAGGCGGAAUAGUACUUGAGAAACAGUGCUUUGAUCCAAGUUGCACACACAUUGUUGUGGGACAUCCUCUUCGAAAUGAGAAAUUCCUGGCCUCGAUGGCAGCUGGAAAGUGGGUGCUUCAUCGUUCCUACCUGGAGGCAUGUAGAGGAGCUGGCUGCUUUGUUCAGGAAGAAGAUUAUGAGUGGGGAAGUGAUUCCAUACUUAAUGUUUUGCCUGGGAUCAAUGUAAACCAGAAGAAGCUAGCGCUUGCAGCCCUGAGGUGGAGGAAAAAAAUUCAUAAAGGAAGGCAAGAAACUGGAAUUACUGAGGGAGCGUUCAGUGGCUGGAAAGUGAUCCUGAAUGUUGAUCACACCAAGGAAGCCGGAUUCCGACGCCUUCUUCAGUCAGGAGGAGCAAAAGUGUUUUCUGGUCAUUCUGUGUCUUUCUUCAAAGAAGCAACUCAUCUCUUUGCUGACUUCAGUAAGCUGAGGCCAGAUGACACCAGGGUGAACGUAGCAGAGGCGGCAGCCCAGGGAGUGAACUGCUUGAAGCCAGAGUACAUUGCAGACUUCCUCAUCCAGGAUCCGCCUCCCCCAAUGGAGUCUUACUGCCUGCCAGAAGCUGAGCAUUGCUUCCAGAACAGCAAAGAACUUGGGACUGGAUUAUCCCAGAAAAGAAAAGCACCGGAAGAAACGAGCAGAGUCAAGCGAUCCAGAAUGCACUGAGAAAGUUCUGUGCUUUUAAUUUGUACAUUUUAUAUAUUCGUAUUUAUAUUUUUUCAUCCUCACCACAAAAAUUAAAAGCUUUGAAUCUCACUUCUAAUUUGUCCUGAGAUUAAAAUAAGUUUACAGUAAUAUUCAUAGGGAAGAUCUCUUUCAUUACCGGUGCUGUUAAUGAUUUGGUUUAGGGACAGCAUUGUAUAAUAAAUAAAUACUUUGAGAUGCUUAGCACAACUUUAUGUCUGUGUAGUAGGGAAAACACCACUUGAUAAGAAAGCCAUUGCCGUGGAUGGUCAUUCCAGUAAUGGACUUAUAUGUUGAGUAUUUCCUGUUGGUUUUGCCCCAAGAGAAAAUACCAAAAGAGAAACUGGAUUUAAAACAGACAAACAGCUUAUAAAUUUUAAUAGUAAAUUAAUUAUUCUAUAAAAAACUUCAAGUUUUUGCCAUUCCAAGUACUACCAAAUGUGUUAAUGAAUGCCAGUUGUACCACUUGCUUUGGGGUCACAUACUGAAGAUAAUGCUGUUUACUGAUACCUUAAAUACCACAGUUUGGAAUUAACUUUGCAUUUCACUGGUGAUGUUGCUUUGGGUUUUUAUAUAGGUAAUGGGUAUUAGGAGACAAGACCCAAGAGGAUGUAGGGUAUUUUUUUGGUUGUUUAUUUUUUCUCCUCUGCCCUCAGAAAAUGCUGCUAUGGAAGGGUAGUGCUACUAUUCACAUUUCACAGCUAAGCUUCAGAGAUGUCCGGAAGCCACACAAGUCCUGUGAGUACUGUAACACCUGGGGGCUGGACAGAAGGGCAGACUUGGUACAGUGGGCUUCUAAGUUUGAAUAGCUCUCCAGCUAUUUCUUCAGCACUCUUUUGAAGAUUUGUACAGCUGCUGACAGUGCCCAAGUGGACACCUGCAAUGCAAGGAGCCUGGGCUGUCACUUAGGCAGGGCACAAGUGAAGCAAAGAGGACAGCAAGAGAAUUUCUGUCCCACAUCUUGAACACCACAUGACAGCAUGCUGCUGUCAAGUCACAGGUGCCUGCUGUCAUUGCUUGGAGUCACUGGACAGAUGAACACAGACAAACCUGGAAGUUUAAAUUCAGUUGCUGCUGUUAAGAUAAAUUUAUUUUCUUCAGCUUUCUUUACAGGAAACAUCACAAAAGUGCUUUACAGAGUUUGAUACCAUUACUCUAACAUGAGACAAAAGUAAAACAGAGGUGCGCACUGCACAGUCAGAAGUUGGCAUAUGCAGAAACCAUGAGAGGGAAACCAGGGUAAAAAAAACUACUGCCAAAAAUAUAUAUGUAUAUAUAUAUAUAGCUUAGGUUUUGAACUUAAAUUAUUACUAUAAAGAUAUAUAAAUAUACAGGCACCAGUAGGUUCCUGUGUUAACUGUGAGGGGCCACACAGUGAUAGUCUUGUAUUCCCCUGUGCUGGACGGGCUCCUGGCCAACCCUUUUCCCAGCCAGACAGUAUCCUCCUUUCUUUUGUACUGCUGUAAGAACUCAAGGGGCUUUAUCUUUGUUACUUCAGGUUGGCUGUAGUGCUGAAGUUUUCCUGUACAUUGCUGAAAGUAAAUUUAAUUUCAUAUUUUCAUUUAUAGAGAUGUCCUCUUUGCUGUGUCGUCUUGUUAUUGAACCAAACCAAACACACCCUCUAGGCUGGACCACGCUCCUACUGCCCAGAUGAGGCAGUUGUGCUUGAACUAACAAGUUACCAGUCACGUAACUCCAUUCCUUCUCAUAGCUCAUCUGUUUUACUGCAACAAGUGCUACUCCUUUCAUUUUGCUGCAUUAUGUUGGAGUGAGCUGUCAUGGAUCUUGACAUCUUGAGCGUUUGAGGAUCUUGACAUCAAUUCUUCAGGAUUCAAGAAUAUCAUAUUUACUUACUGAACAUUUUGCAGCAGCAGCUGUGUACGUGGUGCUAGAGCCUAGAUUGGUGAUGUACAGCAUGAUCCUGACUCACGAGUUCUUGCUUACAGAACUGCUCUCUCAGUAAAUGGUCAAUGAGGUACCUGGCUCAAGAUCCUUGGCAGGGUAAUAAUACAGCUGAACAAAAGAAGGGAAUAUCGUAGUGAAGAAAGGUCAAAUACUUGAGAGUGGCACUACGGUUUGAGCUGCAAGAAAGCAAAUGUCUAAAAAACAGCCAUGCCAGCUUACAAAGCCAGUUUGCCUUCUACCUAAAUUCCCAGACUAAAGAUGCAGUGCAACCAGCAAGAGCUCGUCAGCCCUGAGGGAUACAGAGUGGUUAAGUAACACAAGAGGCAUAGGGCCAACACAAGGGCAGCAGCACAGCUACAUCUUUUAGAAUGUGUAGGAAAGACCCUUAAGAACUGUGUUGUGAUCUUCCUCUGCUUUCUAACUGGAAUUGGUGGCGGGAUGGGAGAAAAACCUCACCUCCACCCUACAGAUUUGAUAGAGUCCCCAGCAGCCACUAUUCUAAGCACUACAGGUAGAACACCUAACAUAAGGUAUCAUCCUCUCAACCACAGAUCAUUGCUAAUAGCAGAAAGCAGCUGUUUUAUAUGACAUAAUAUUCCAACACUGAAAGAGUACAGCUCCUAAGAGGCAAGCAUACAUCCAGACAGUCUGAGUCUUCUUUCAUCAUACCACCUUCACUCUAUUCUUAACUAACUGUUGCAUUCCUGGUAAAUCAAUUAGUACUUAAAGACUGAGACCUUACUUAUAGUUGUAUGACAUUUAACCUACAAGGUGAGCACAUAAAGAGAUGAAACAAGCCACAACAACUAAGCCUGCCCCUGUAUUGCUGCACUACCUUCAUGUGAAAUAUAAUCUAAUUUCAGUGUCCAGUUAAGUACUGCACGGGGUUGCAUUAGAGCAGGCAUGCCUGAGCACUCGCUGGUCAAAGCAAGGAAUGAAUAUGCUUGCUUCAUCUCUGCCAUGAACAAAGGAAAGAGUAACACAGAAAUUUAAGUUUGCCAUGGGCUUUGCUCUCUUGUGCUGGGUUCUGGCUGCUGUGAGAUCUCAAACCAAGUUUUAAUGAAACUGAGCCCAACCAACAGCAAUACAGAGCAACUCUACUGAAACCCAUGAAUUUAUGCUCCUGGAGAUCAGAGUAACAUACAUUUUACCUGCUUAGCAAUGUCUUUGCUCUCAUUUAGCAGCCGUAUUUAUGGUUUGAAUCAUUUUGUUAUUGUUGUGCAUAUUCUGAAAGAGAUACAGAACAAAUGGUUUCUUUAAAAGAAAAUGCAACAACAUUUUAACUAAUGCUCCUCUGUAGGUACAGUAUUUGAAAUAAAGCAGACAAUUACAGCUUGAUGACUUCAGUGCUGUAACAACUGAGCUAGAAAGAAAAUGUCUAUAUAGAAGGUAGACAAGAAAAGGUCAGAUUGAGUAAAAGACAUGAGCAAGUCAUGCUUGUCACUGAUAAGAACAGUGGAUUACAUACAUGACACUGAAGACUUCUGUAUAUAUGAUGGCAAAAUCCAAUGCCCAUAGAAAAUUAAUAGGUUUGUCAGCAUUAGGGAAAGUGGUGAUUGCCAGGAUAAGCUAACUUGUAAACCUGGCAAAGAGCAGCAAACGUCAACAGGAAAAACAAAAGGCAAUGAGUAGUGGAAAGGCUUUAAACCACUUACACAUGCUCUGGUGGGUUCUGAUUAGUUGUGAUCUUUCAAGGGGACGAUCUAGGCAUCGCCAUGGCAGCUUGAUGAAGACAUCUACUCAAUGUGCAGUCAAGAAAGCAAACAGAACAGUAUGGAAAAAUAUUACAGCAUAAAUUUCAGCUGGGAGAGGCAGUAAGAACAAGGCAGCUUAUUUGUAAAGGGAAAGAACAGAUGAUGAUAGUCUUAGAAUUCUCCUACCUACCAUAUAACAGGAGGGUAAAGUGGCCUCAAGGCCACUUUAAGCCUGUUACCAGUCUGUUGACCUCACUGCUGCAUGAAAAAUACCACUCAUCAUCACCCUAAAUGCAUAAAAAAUCCUCCUACGUUUCGCUUUAGCAUUCAUCAUUCAGCUAGUAGAACAUCCCCUCCAAAGGAACUGCAGUAGUCUGUUGAAAUCUAACAGUAAUCACUUCUGACACAGAAUCAUCACUGCUGAUACACAUUAACAACUGUCUUACAGGUGCCAUAAUGAUAAAAACAUCAGUAAGAGAAAUAGCUGCUGGGCCUCAUCUCUCUCUGUACAGUCCCACCAGAGGUCUGAUUUGCCAGCACACAUGCCACCAUUAUGUUCUCUACUGCUAUUUGGAGCCCUGCUGUAAAAGCUGAGCAAUGAACCUUGAAAUCACCCACAGGCAAAGGCAUAUUCAUAACAACUAUUUCUUCAUGCUCCUCCCACUGCACUUAACUGCUAGAACAGCAGAAAUAGUAAAUAAAGCAAGCGUCUCUUCUGCAUCUGUAUUCCUCUCCCUUCCUAGCUCCUCCUCUGCUUACUCCCAGUUCUGAACCACAUCACCCUGCAUCCUGACACAGCUACAUGCUUUCCGGAGUGAACAGCUCUAGUUUCUAGCAAUUUGAGCAAGCCUUACAACAGCCACAUGACAAGAGACGGCUCUGAGCAGAACUUUAUUUCAGCCACGGGUUUACAAAAUACAGCAAUGCUGAUUUUGAUGUAUUCCAUGUAAAAACAGAAAGCCUUAUAUUAAGACACCAUUUGGGUUGCACAGUUAACCAGAGAGGAAAUGCCUGUUAGGGCAAGGUUCAGGCUGAGCACUCUGACCAUGCUUAUUAAAAUAACCAUCUAAUUAUGUAAUACUUGACUAGAGCAUGGGUUACAUUCUGCAAAAAUAAGUUCUCUCCGGAGUAGCAUGAAAUACUCUAACAAAAGCUAAUGCAAGGAUGUUUUUAUAACAAUUUUCAGUCCUUCUGCAGCACCAGGACUUCCUCUAAGAACACCUCUGGCCUCACAGCACUCUUGUGAGGUAUUUUUUGCACAGCUGGGGAAGCUGAGGCAAAGUGAAACCAAGUUACUCCAAGUUAACACAGCAGCUCAGAGGGAAACCAAGGCCAAACCAAGCCCCACUCUUUUGGCCCUGCGCUCUGGCUACAGAACAUUUGCUUCUUUUCACUUCAUAAGGUUGUAUGAUGAUGAUAGGUUUCCAUUCCUGCUUUUGAGAUGCACUUUUUCUGAUGAUUUAUUAAUACUACGGUGCAUUUUUAAUACUUAUAUGAAAGCUUGCUUCCUAAUAAGACCUUUGUACUAUCUUGGAAUUUGUCUUUUCCUGGUUCUCUUUCUAGGUAAGUGGUUACACACAGCCUCAUACCAAGGCUAAACUCCACCCUCUCUCUAGGCAGAAAGAAACAGGACGCCCUCUCGAACUACUGAACUUCAAAUACUUCUGUUGAGUUACAGGGAUUCGUCACUUCUGAAAGCAGUGCUGAUCUCUGCAGCACUGUCCCUCCUACCCAAGAGCUCACGCUCCGUUCCCUGCCUCCUGCUGUGCAUUCAGUACUGCCACGUAGCAUAAAGCCUCCCUGUUCCUUCCCAUUUAUCUCCUGGUGUUAUACUUAAUUUCCAUCUUCUCCUUAUUAAUAAGAUUAUUUUCUAUUCUGCUUCGCACAGAACACGGCAAAGCUACAUCUGUGCUUUAGAAGCCAAGCUAUAAUACACAAAAAUUACCUUAACCCAAACCAGUUCUGUCGUCUUUUCUUUUCCCAUCUGCUACAGCUUGCAGCUUCUUAUGUUAUAUCCAGACUAAAAUGACUUUUUGUUUUUUCCUGAAUAAUGUACUGGCAAACACACCAGAUUUUCUGUCCCCUUUUACACACUUGCUUUCUGAAUCCAAAAACCACAUGCAAGUCUAACACUGCUUGAGCAGAGUUAAAUAUAUUUAUUGUAAAAGCAAACUCCAUCAUGUGAAGUCUUAUCAAUUUUGCAUCAUCCCCCUGACCUAAACUGCAUACAAACCUCUGCCUUGUUGUGGUGAAAAAUCGACAGAUGGAGUCAAACACCAAAAAAACCCUCAGCCCUUAUAACAUCAGAUUUCUAACACAAUUUGUGCUUUUAGUAACUCAGCUAUUCCUAUGUUUAAGAGUAACCUUGGACGUGAUGCUACAGCUAACUGCAAAGACAUAACUGAGGCAGCAGGAGAUGGCCACUUCUCACCAGCUCCCUUUACCAGUGGGUAAGAUAAAGCACAACUGAACCAGUGAGGGGCAAAGUAGGGGCAACAACAAAACUGAUCCUCUCCUCCAUUUCUCAUUAGCUCAAGCACAUACAUAUGCCAGAUUCCUACAACAGGCACUUGGGAAAUCCAACUUUUUGUUUUGCUUUUUUUUUUUUUUUUUUUUUAAGUGGCAAAAGCUAGGCAAUCUAAGCACUGCAACACCAAGAACCACAGAUGUGAACUGCUCCUUUCCCAAUAAGUAACACAUGUAUACAUGUUCUCCUACCAGGCUGCAAAUUUUAUGGCCUUAAUAAGUUACAAAGCCUAUCGUUUAAAGGAAAAAACAACAACAACAAAAAGUAACAUCAAACAUUCAAAAUGGACAUUAAUAAUCCACUACUAAAGCAUGUUACAUGUUAUGAAGUUCCUGAAGCGCUACACAACACUUUACAACUGGUAUUAAGCAGCUCACAUUUACAACUGACAAUCCUUCAUUUAUAGCAGAAGCCUUCCAGAAGCACUGUGAAGGAAUGAAACUGGCAUUUUUUGCAUGCCUCCAAUGAAUGCAUCAACAAAGCAGAAAGUGGGUUUUCCUCAGUCUCAAAAGCACACUGUGCUUCUAGAGUACUGACUUUCAAAGCUUUAGGAAUGCAGAGGAGCUAAUUGUUACAAGGAAGAUACUGACAACUGGCAUUUUGAUAGCUGCUAGCGAUGGUGUUUAACACAAGAAAAUAUUUAACACAAGAAACACUAAAGGAGCCUAACAUUCUGUACUGCAGAAAUCUGCUGCGCUUUUUUUUUCUUCCCCCCUUUUAUGCCUCCAGAAGGAAUCUGGAAUGAUAUGCUUAAGACCCCCAAAAUAGUUCUCAGUAGCAGAUGGACUCCUGUGAGGCUGCUGAACAGCAGCAAAACGAGGCUUUUCAUUCCUUAGUUUAGCAAAGCCAGCUUAAGUGAAAAGCACAAAGCAUCAUUCACAUUCAAUUCAGUCUCAGAACAGCACUAUGCAGUGGCAGUCAGAAGACACUGACAGGUGGCCAACUUAAAAUUCAUCUUGAUGUGCAUUGCUGUAAGCUGCUGGACGUGGCACACCUGAGCAGAACGCUGACUACCCACUGUAUGGUUUGCUCCUUAAGAGAUCCAAACGCAACAUGCUCGCUCAGCUGUAACAGGGUUAUAAGCUAGAACUGAAGGUAAAGAUUCAUUCCACUCCAGAAUCCAUGUAUAUUUCCAUUUUAUUUCAUUUUAAGCUGUUACAGGGUUUUUUUUAAACUGCCAGAGGUUAUGCCCAAAAACUCAAAGAUGGUACAAUGGACAGUCUCAUCUACCCUUCGUACAGUAGAUUAGAACUUGAUUCAUGUGCAUUGGCGACUUCAAUCGCUUUAGAGAAUCAGGAAAAAUGUUUUAAGAUUUCACAUUUCUACCACAUCAAGUGACGUGCCCAUUUACCAUGAAUUCCACAGAAAUCUUGAGUGACACAUCAACAGUUUUGCUGGCAACAAGGUAUUUCCAAGGAAAUACAUGGCUAAGAGCUCAAGGUAUUGGUACCAGUCUUUCAGCCGGGUGGUUUCCAAAGUCUGACUGAAAAGAGUCUCUCGAGCCCUCUCUUUAAUAGCAGCUUCUAGCAGAAAUUUUAAAGACUUAACUUUGCAAGAGCAAAGCCAAUUUUAGUCUGUGCGCAGAAGAACCAGGUGAAACCCUGCCCACCAAAGUCAACAGCAAAAUUCCCAUUGGCCUCAGAGAAGUAAAUUUAAAGCAAGUCAGCAGUUAGACAAAAGGAACCCAACUAUGCACAAUUCCCAUACUAUCAUCAUCCUCUGCAAAUGCACAGUAUUCCCACACAAGCAAGCAAGUUUGGGUUUGUUCCCUUGUUUCUCUUGCCAUUGUGGCAAGUGGCAACACUUAGAGAUGUUGGGUUUUUUUUUUUUGGCAUUUACUCUGAGAAACAUCAACACUGGAGCAUGCCACUAUCAUACUUCAUUUUCCUUCUGGCAUAAGAAGAGAAAAAGUUACAGCAGAACACUUUUGGUACACAUCAGGUUUUGCUGACUGAACCAGUUAUGGGCAAUGUCCUGUACUCUUAGUGUAUCAGUGCCAUUUUGCCUACCUUCACUAAAUUAAUUCAGAAAUGACAGCGACUUAAAGAAGUCACUGCCUUCUGUUCUCACCCAACAUUCUGAUUUUAUUAAAUACCAUUUAUGAGUUUUACUUUGAGGAUUUCUGCCUCAAAAAGCCUGCAGGCUUUACCAAACUAGUCAAGCAAAUAAGGCGUAUCAAGCGUAAGUCAUCCCUCCGUACAACAAGUUAUUUGGUUAUUAAGUAACCACUGCCCUUUAACAGACAAAUACCCAUUCUUAACAAAGGAUAAUUCAUUUACUUUCAUCUGGUAUUACUAUUGCCAUGUAUCUCACAUUUUUUAAGAUGACAAAUUCAAAAGACUGCAGUUGGAGUCUGGAUACCUCUGUGUCAAAUCAAAACCCUUAGUGCCUUAGGGUGAGAAAAACAAACUUCAUGAUAAAAAACAAAAUAAACCCUAUUUCACUAUAAUAUUUCACUGUCAUUUAAAUACACUGUAAUUUGAUAUCAGAAACAAGGAAGGCAUUUUUUUUUUUGGUGGAAAAUAGAAAAAAAUGCUUAAA